CUAACAUUAAACAACACAACACUCAGAGGAACUCAAGAGUUUUCUACAAAUGCUGUAAAACCUAUAAAUAAAGUAAAAAUAACAGCCUGAAGUAAUCUAUGUCCGUGUUGAGCUGAUAAUAACCAACGAAGAAGUUAAACCCCUUGUUAAACACACUGACACACAUUGUGAGUGCGCGCGUCUGUAAAACAAUUUGCCCAAACCAAAUAAUAAACUGUGGUCACAAAGCCAAAACUUUUUUCUGCAACAGAAAGGAGGGGCAGGAGAAUUUACCUCCUGGGCACAGAUGAGGAACUCUUUCUAACUCUCUGACUUACUCACCGAAGCGAGAGCAGUUUUAAUCUUCACGGUUUUGAAGACAAGAAAAUAUGCCACAUAGGAAGAGAAGCCACGGGCACCAUAAAGCCAACAAAGACGCGAAGGAGAGAGAGUGGGGAGUGGCACUCACGGUGUUUGGAGAGACAUGACAGCACAGAACUGCUGCUGAGGGCAAACACCAGAAGGAGAAAGAGCGUAGAACGGCUGGCAGGAACAUUUUGGCUGUUUUUUCCUUGGCUCCGGCUUCCUUAUAAUGGCUUAUGCAGCGUAUUGGAUGAGUCUCCAUAAAGGAGCAGCUCAUGGAGACCAAUGUGGCAGCAUGUCUUUGGCUUUCUAUCCCACUGUGGGUUACACCUAUUGUAAGAGAAAGAAACCUCGCCUUGACAGUGACAUUCACCAAGACCUAGACUCGUGUUGGGAAUCGAAAACCACAAAUGAUAAGCAAUCGCAGUCCAGUAAGGCCACACCUGAACCAGCUGCUCAGGUCUCAACUGUAACAUCCUCAGAGGCUGAGCAGAAAUCAUCAUCGAGAUCGGCCAUGGCUACAAAGCCCAGAGUGAGUACAGGAAGUGGUGUCACAGCAGCAGGGAGUGCAGCGGUUGGGCGAGUGGUGAAUCAAGCUCCCACACCCAAACCAGAGACUACACCUGCCUCUGUAAACAAGGCCACAGCCAAAGCAACCUCUGCUGCUACUGGGACAGCAGCAGUCACUGUUGUGAGCAAACCUAAAGGCACAGCCAAGAGCACAUUGGAAACAACAGUCAAGGCAGAUGUGUCUAAAGCUGAAACACAGAGUGUGCCGGAGAAGGAACAACCUAAAGAUACAGAACCAAAGGUGAAGGUGGAAGUUCUUCCCGUUGCAUCUACUGAAUCAAACAAGGCACCUGAAGUGGAUCCAUUUGACGCCUUGGCCAGCAGUCUACCAUCAGUAGACACUUUAGUUCCUGAACAGCCCGUCUACACUGGGCCAGAGGUCGAAGAGCUUAACAUCACCCCUGAGAAAGGUCAGAAAUGUGGAGAGAGGGAAGACACUCUGCCUCCUGGAUACAGAUUUACUGAUGUGCCUAAAGUUCCAGCAGAUGAAAAACCUAAGGAUGUUCCUAAACCAUUGAGCACAACUGACGCCCUGGAAGCUCUAUCAGCAGGAUUUAUGACAACUGAUUCAGCAGCUGCCAAGAAACCAGAGACUGACAUUACAGACGGUGUCUCUGCUUCCUCUGCUGCACCUGCUAACUUUGCCCCACCUCCUGUCAAGAAAUCAGUUCCUCCCGUGAGUGCAGACUGCUCUUCCUGCGGAGAAAAAGGCCAAGAUGGAAACAGACCCUGUCCCUCAGAAGGCUGGUGUGGUCCUAAAUCAAACACAGAGGUAAAGUGCGAUGAGGACAUGUCCAUGUCUCUGGAUGCUCUCAGUGCUCUGGGGGACACUUUGGCUGCAGAUGAACCCAAACCUAAACAACCAGAAUUGAAACCAGAGGACAUUGUUUCGGAGGGAAAACUGAAAGAAGAGGAGGGGGUUCGUGUAGGAGAGAGGGAGGACACACUUCCUCCAGAAUACAGGUUUGAUAAGGAGAAACUGGAGAAGCUGCCUGCUCCUAAACCAGAGCCUCCUAUGAACACGGGUGAUGCUCUGGAUAUUUUAUCUGGAGACUUUGCGAGCUCCUCUGCAGCUCCUACUGUCCAGGCUCCUGUGAAACUGAAAGAAGAGGAGGGGGUUCGUGUAGGAGAGAGGGAGGACACACUUCCUCCAGAAUACAGGUUUGAUAAGGAGAAACUGGAGAAGCUGCCUGCUCCUAAACCAGAGCCUCCUAUGAACACGGGUGAUGCUCUGGAUAUUUUAUCUGGAGACUUUGUGAGCUCCUCUGCAGCUCCUACUGUCCAGGCUCCUGUGGUACAGCCCCCAGCUCUUCCUGAACAGGAAAAGGUUCCUCCCAUCGCUGUAUGCCCUGCUCCUCCCAUCGCUGUGUGCCCUCCUCAUCCCAUCUGUUAUUUUCCUGCUCCGACUCCUCUUCCCACUUGUCCUGUUGAGGAACCAGUUCUAAAGACAUCUGAUGACUUUUCUCUGGAGGAUGUUCUAUCAUCCACUGCUCAGAAAGUUGAAUUUUCAGCCCCCCCUGCUGAUAAGAAAGACAUCACAGAUUCCAAACCAAAGGUAGAUGGGGCUGACAUGUCUCUGGAUGCUCUCAGUGCUCUUGGGGAUACUUUGCCCACAGAUUUGCCAAAACCUGAACUCCCCAAACUCAGACCUGAGGACAUUGUGUCUGAAAACAAACUGAAAGAAGAGGAGGGGGUUCGUGUAGGAGAGAGGGAGGACACACUUCCUCCAGAAUACAGGUUUGAUAAGGAGAAACUGGAGAAGCUGCCUGCUCCUAAACCAGAGCCCAAGAUGGACACAGUCGAAGCUCUGGACAUUCUGUCUGGAGACUUUGUGAGCCCCUCUGCAGCUCCUACUGUCCAGGCUCCUGUGGACAAAGCCUCAGCUUCUACACAGGCCUGCACCGCAGCUGAAAAGGUGAAAGCUCCUCUGGUCACCCCUGUACGUCUUCCAGCAGAGACUCCUGCAGAUUCUGCUCUGGAUGUCUUAGCAGGAGACUUUGUAGCUUCUACUGCAGCUCCGACUGUGAAGUCUGCUGUCUGUGCUCCCAGUGAAACAGAUCAACAGCUGGCAGCAGGAGCUGACAGCGCUCUGGACGCUUUGUCUGACACGUUGAUGGACAUCACACCUGCUCCUCAUCAGCCACCAGCAGUCCCUCCUAAAGAUGUCGUCAAGGAGAAGGAUAUCAUGGAGGAGAAGUUGAUAAAGAUGGGCGAGAGAGAUGACACACUUCCUCCAGAGUACCGGCCCACUGAAGAAGACCUGAAGAAAUUGGAGGAAGAUAAGACAAAAGAGCCCAAAACACCAACGAAUACCAUGGAUGACAACAAAGCCCUGGACUUGCUGUCCAGUGAUUUUUCUGCUGCUCUUCCGCCCUCAGCUGCACCAGUCACUGCAGCUGCAGACACUGUAAAGCUGGAGCCUCCUGUACUGGACUCAGAGCCACUGAAGCCAAUGGCUGCUCCAGUUCUGGACUCCCUGGCUGAAACACUUCUCCCAGCAGCCCUAGAGUCAAAGCCAAAAGCAGAGAAACCAAAGGGCACCAGAAAGUCAAAGUCAAAGUCUAAAAAGCAGCAGAGAGAGGAGCCGCCGUCUGCCACUGAUGAGCUAUCAUCUCAGCUAGUCUCAGACAUUGUGCCAAAGUCUGCAACAAGCUAGACCACUGAAGUGAGGUUGUCACUGCAGUUUGUACUUGAGGCCACAGGAGAGCACCAGCGAGAGAGCUGCACUCUGGAUAAUGAUUCGGUUUUUCUAAAUAGCUGAGAACGUGUACUGGACUUAAACCUGCCCCAGCACUCCACCUGCUUACAUUACACACAGAUACAAACACACGCCUCGUCCGUGUCAGGACUUUUUCACUGGCCAUUUUUUAUUUUGACUUCCUGACCACAAUCGUAUUUGUAACUAAAACCAAACCCUAAUCCCUAAGUCUAACUUCAAAUUUCUUUCAUAAAUACAGUCUUUACACUAACUAAUAACUCUGAAGGUUUCAGUAGGACCAGGUUUUGGUCUCCACUGGGACAAGUGGCCCCAAAACGUUUGUUUAUAGCUGUGUUGAUUCUCGCACACGUCAAUUCACAGACACCUUUCUUUCUCAUAUAUUCAAGGAUACGGAGUUUUUGGUUUAUGAUUUGAAUGUUUUGAAAUUGUAUUGAUAUUAGAACAGUGAUGAGACAAAGAAGAAAACUACAGGUAUGGAGAGAGAGAGUGAAAUGGCAAACUGUCUGUACCUACGCAGGGAUAUUCUAGUCCUGAUGUCCACUCAAAGCACUUUACACUACAGGUUGGCUCGUCUCUGGGGCAACCUGUAAACUACCAAGCCUGGAAUUUAUCCCACAACCCUCCAGUUGUAUGACAGCUGCACUGCCUGCUGAUCCACAGCCACUGCCUGAUUUAAUAUUAAAAUGUUCGUGGUGUCGUUCAUCAAGAAUCCCAUGAACAAAAAUCUGUGGUUAGCAAAUUUUAAAAAAAAGUAGAUGCUUAACAAAGAUUGAAUUUGAAAAACAAAAU